UCAUCAUCAUCAUCAUCAUCAUUAAAUUAAAUUAAAUAAUUCCAUAUAAAAAAAUAUCAAUAUAGUAGCACCUACCCCACCCUGUGAGAAUGACCGGAACGGUGGUGAGACCGCCAGGUGGGGUUGCAGACGCUCCGGUGGACAUGUCGAACGGUGGCCAAACUUUAUCGCCGUUGUACGUCAAUUCUUUCCGUAUAUCCGCCGUCACUAGCCGCUUAGUUGCCCACCUUGGCGGCGAUGCAAAGACUGAUAACACUGAGUUCUGCAAUCUUUGCCUCUCUCUUGCCAGGGGUAUUGACUAUGCUGUUGCUAGUAAAGAUGUCCCAGGCAGAGCUCCAGAUUUACCCAAUCUGUUAAAGCAGGUAUGUCAGCGAAAAAAUGAUCUCGCAUCACAAGCAGCUGUGAUGGUACUCAUGAUCUCUGUAAAGAGUGCAUGUACUAAUGGUUGGUUCGGUGAGAAGGAGAAGGAUGAACUUCUUGUUCUUUCAGAUGAGAUGCAAAGCAGUUUUUGCAGUGUUAAUGUUAAAGAUAUGAAUUCUACUAUGAAGAACAAUGAGAGCAACUUACGUUCCACCAUCUCCACGAUCAUGUCACGGUUCUACCCAGGAAUGAAGAUGGGGGAUAUACUAUCUGUUCUUGAGACCACGCCUGGUUAUGAUUCAUAUGUGACCGAUCUGCAUAUAUCAAAACGCUCUAGAACUUCUCCUGAUGAGAAAAUAUAUUUAUUUGUUGCUCAAGCAGAUAAUUUUGAGACCUCAUCAUGCAUCAUAAGUCCCCAGCAAGUCAAUUUUUUACUGAAUGGUGAGGGAGUAGACAGAAGGACUUGUAUUCACAAGGAUCCUGGACCUCAGAUGCCGACACCUGUGACACAUAUGCUUAAAUAUGGAAGCAAUCUUCUUCAAGUAGUCGGGCAAUUUAAUGGGAAGUAUAUUAUAGCAAUCGCCUUUAUGAGUGUUGUCUCAAACCCUAGCUUUCCCAUCAUUGCCGACUAUACUCCACCAGUUGCUGCUCCAUCUGAUUCAGAUAACGAGAUAGUUGAAGGGCCAUCCAGAAUAUCACUGAAGUGUCCCAUAAGUUUCAGUCGUAUCAAAAUCCCUGUUAAAGGACAUUCAUGUAAACACCUUCAGUGUUUCGAUUUCAACAAUUAUGUUGGCAUUAACUCGAGAAGACCACAUUGGCGCUGUCCCCAUUGUAGACAGCCCGUCUGCUUCCAUGAUAUUCGAAUUGACCAGAGUAUGGUUAAGGUCUUGAAAGAAGUAGGAGAAGAGAUUUCUUAUGUGAAAAUCUCUGCCAAUGGGUCAUGGGAACCUGACACUGAAAGCAAUGAACACACAGAGAAACUACAGGAGGCACCACCUUCAGACCAAAAAACUAACAUCCAAGAUGUGGAUGAUAUAAUGGACCUUACUGGAGUUGAUAACGAAGUGGAUACAAAUGAUAAUGAUCAUGAUAGAAAACCUUCUCCAGCUGGUGAAUCUAACGUCAUUAAUAAAAGUGUUGCACCACAUAUGGAAGACGGGUUUUGGAGAGACUUCUAUUCAUCGGGACUUGCAGCUGGUGAAUCUGCCAUUAGUGAGAUUGUACAAAGGAACAAUCAACUUUUCAAUUCGUUGAACCAGGGUCAAAGUCAAACAUCUAAUUCCAAUAAUACGCUGCCACAACAGCAUGGCAACUCGAAUAAUAUGAGGCACCACACAUGGGUAACAAGAAUACCCAAUGCCAUUCAAGCACUUCCGGCUCAAAAUUCAGCAAGAGUGCUUGAUGGAAACACACAGCAAACUUUGUCAAGAUCUCAUCUGAAUCAGCAUCAGGCACAACACAUGAAUUCUCAGAAUCAGGGUCAACAUGAUCACUCGCUUCUUUCAAGUCAAACAGCCCCACAAAUCGGUGGGCGUUCAGCUUCACCUCAACAUAUAAAUGGCGGGCGAUAUGCUUCACCUCUUUCAGAAAACCGUUUUAGUGCACAUCAACAUCAACCCCUGAAUCAAAGGAAUCCACUUCCUGUUCGUUCAUCUGGUCAACCAUCUCCUCAUGUGCGCCUAGGAAGUGUAGGUCUAAGGCCUAAUGUUGCAAGUAGCGUAACCCCGCAGUAUUCAUUGGCUGCUAUUGAACGAGCUACCCGUCAACAGAGUAUAAGCCAGCCGCCCUCUAAUCCACCUCCAGUACAGACUCCUGGAUCAUCCGUCUCUCAAAGAGUAGAUGCAUUAGCAGAGGAAAACUGGAGGCCAACGGGCCGCAUGCGAGGAAGUUUGUCCGGCCGGCAGCUCUCAGAAGAUCUGAACAUUAUUCAGCCAAGCGAACCGGUUCAAGCUGCUAGACCACCACCAAUUUUGAACACUCCCAGGCCGUUCAUACCACCUCAUCUACAAGCCCUAAUGGCAAAUAACGUGAGAGGUCAGACUCCUGAAGCCGGUGGAAGUGGUCCACGUUCAGAUAGUAGCAUGGCUGGAGGUGUUGCUGGUGUUUUGCCAGAAAAGUAAGUGAAGUUUAUCACUAGGUACCGUGAAAUCUUUGUUGUUGUAAGAAAAGUUUGCUUUAAUCCGUAUGUUUCUAUAACAUAAAAGUUGUAGGGAUCAUCCAAUAUGCAUAUAUGCAUUGAAGCAUUAUUUGGGUGAUCGUAGUUUACAAUCUAAUUUUUGAUAAUACUAUUACCCUAGUGAUGUAUCUUCUAUCUUGACCCGUUUAGGAUUUUGUAAUAGUCGAGUUAUUUUGAUAUAUUUAUAGAGUAUGGCGUCAGUAGAGAGAUGCUAGACGCUUAUUAUAAACAAACCUUUUGUUUACAUUUUUAAAAAUUUACAAACUUACCCAGCUGUA